AUGUGUGGAAUCUUUGCCUGUUACAAAUGCCAAAACGUUGAAGAGUUCAAGCCAAAGGCUUUGCAAUACUCCAAACUAAUAAGACACAGAGGUCCAGAUUGGUCGGGUAAUGUCAUUGCCAACAACAACACCAUCUUGUGUCACGAAAGAUUGGCCAUUGUUGGUUUGGACUCUGGUGCUCAACCAAUUGUUUCUCCAGACGAAAGAUAUGUCUUGGCAGUCAAUGGUGAAAUCUAUAACCACAUUCAAUUGAGACAACAGUUUCCUGACUACAAAUACAAGAGUUUGAGUGACUGUGAACCUAUUAUCCCACUUUUCGAAAAAUAUGAUGUUGAUGCUCCAAAAUAUUUGGAUGGUAUGUUUGCUUGGGUUUUACACGACAAGAAAACUGAUCGUAUUGUUGCUGCUAGAGACCCAAUUGGUAUCACUACUUUGUAUUUGGGUAAAUCCUCCAAAUCACCAGAAACGAGAUAUUUUGCCUCUGAAUUAAAGUGUCUUGUUGCAGAAUGUGACCAAAUCGAAGCUUUCCCACCAGGACACAUUUAUGACUCAAACACCGACAAGAUUGUUAGAUAUUUCGAGCCUUCGUGGUGGGAUGGAUCCAAGAUUCCAACCACUCCAGUUGAUUACACCAAGAUUAGGGAGACUUUGGAGUUGGCUGUAAGAAAGAGAUUGAUGGCCGAAGUUCCUUAUGGUGUGUUGUUAUCAGGUGGAUUGGACUCGAGUUUAAUUGCCUCCAUUGCUGCCAGAGAAACUAAAAAGGCAUAUCUUGAGGCUGUAAAAUCUCAUGACCACGGGAUUGACGCCAACAAGGAGUUGUCAGGUGUGGACAACACCGGUGAAUUGCAUUCAUCUGUUGGUGUGAACCAAUUGCACUCAUUUGCUAUUGGAUUACCUGGUGCUCCAGAUUUGGUUGCUGCUGAAAAAGUUGCUCAAUACAUUGGCACCAUCCAUCAUUCACACACUUUUACCUUGGAAGAAGGUAUCGAUGCUCUUGAUGAUGUUAUUUACCAUUUGGAAACUUAUGACGUCACUACAAUUAGAGCAUCAACCCCCAUGUACUUGUUGUCAAGAAAGAUCAAGGCUCAAGGUGUCAAGAUGGUUUUAUCUGGUGAAGGAUCUGACGAAAUCUUUGGCGGUUACUUGUACUUUGCCAAUGCACCAAACGCCGCUAGUUUCCACGAGGAAUGUGUCAAGAGAGUCAAGAACUUGCAUUACGCCGAUUGUCUCAGAGCCAACAAGUCAACCAUGGCUUGGGGAUUGGAAGCUAGAGUUCCAUUUUUGGAUAAACAAUUUUUGGAAGUUUGUAUGAAUGUUGACCCUAAAGACAAGCUCAUCACUAAAGAUCACAUUGAGAAAUAUAUCUUGAGAAAAGCUUUUGAUACUAAAGAAAACCCAUACUUACCUGACGAAAUUUUGUGGAGACAAAAGGAACAGUUUUCCGAUGGGGUUGGAUAUUCAUGGAUCGAUUGUUUGAAAGAUACGGCUGAGAGAUUGGUUAGUGACGAAGACUUACAAAACCCUAAACCAGAAUGGGGUGACGAUAUUCCACAAACUAAAGAAGCUUAUUGGUAUAGAUGCAAGUUUGACAAGAUGUUCAACAACUCAAAAGCUGCAGCUUCAACGGUCAUGAGAUGGGUACCUAAAGCUGAAUGGGGCUGUCAUUCUGAUCCAUCAGGAAGAUACGCAUCAACCCACGACCACAAGGUCGACAACAAGGAUUAG